AUGCCCCGCACAUAUGGCAAGAAAAAGCAGACGCGGCUUGCCUUUGCUCCGGUAGGCUCCCCGCCACCGAAAAGUGAGCAAGACUCAGAUGGUGAGACGGAUCGUCGGGCGAACUUGCGAUAUGCGCAUCCUUCCAUGCCAGUCCUCCGGCGAGGUCGAUCCCAGCCUAACAAAAAACCCUCGCCGAAACCUACCCCGGAAAAGCGUUCAAAACCGGCCGAGGACAGUGAAAGCGAUAUAGAGAUCGUUCGCAGUGUGCGCAAAACUCCGCAGAGAGGAUCCCUGAAGCGCAAGAGAAAGGACAUUCCUAGUUCCGACUCUCCUUCCCCGACACCCCAGAAUGCCGCUGUUGCUGAAGAGAGCGAUGCAGAUGAGGUUGUCCCCAUGUCUCGGCGAAAGCUGAGACGUGGUAUGGCUCCCCAGCCUGCUAUUGUGGUUGACGAUGAUGGGUCGGAAGAAGAGCCGGUUCUCUCUUCUCCCAUCAAACGCAGGAGACGCAAUGUGAGCUCUGAUGUUCCCCAAACUCCGCGUCGGAAACUAGGCCAGGACGAACUAGAUAUAGAGGAGGAUCUUGAGGAUCUACAGGACUCAGUGGUCAAGGAUACCCGAACUCGAGGUCGACUCGCGAACUCAGCACGGGCCCAAAGGCAACAACACCUGGAAGCCCUACGUCGCCGGAGGGCAGGAAAGACGGGAUCGGAUACAGAACAAUCUAAGGAUGACUCUGAAGCACCAGGGUCGAGCGAAAGUGAGAGUGAGGAUGAGGGUGAAGCCGAAAGCGAAGAGGGGACACCCGACCCGCAACCUCGGUUGCGUGAGCGGUUAGAAGACAGCGAUGUUGAAUCGGCGAUCGCAAGCAACGAUGACCUGGACCGUUACGAGGACGACUUCGUGCUAGAAGACGACGAUGACACCCUGGGGGCGCCUACAGGACUAGAAGACAUCCCCAUAGAGUUCUCCAGACACGCUUACAAGCAACUCAAGGAUUAUUUCCAAGAUGCGGUCGAAUGGAUGGUGCACAAUCAGCUCAACCCAGCUUUUCCUCGUUCCGACCCUGUCUACGAAGUGGCCUUCAACAAACUUGAAGACGAAGUAAAGGGUCGUACGGGAUCGCAGCUCGUCUCAUCGGUCUGGAACGCCAACUUCCGGAGAGCUCUCUUAGCCCGACCCCAGAUUGAGAUCACGACAUUCCCAACGAUUGAGGACCACCCAUGUGAUGCCUGCAACCGUUCAAAACAUCCGGCUUCGUUUGACAUCAAACUGUACGGACGAGCUUACUCAUUAGAGACACUCGAACCCUUUUCCUCCGACGACAGCGACGAGGAACGUGACGAGGACGACGAUGAUCAGGAAAGAGAUCGAGAUGGUCAUAUUCUACCAGACGAGAACACCCGCUUCUUCCUCGGACGCCACUGCAAGAACAAAGCCACAUUAGCCCACACACUAACCCACUGGCGAUUCCACCUCAACGAAUGGGUCACAGGCUACCUCGAACACCAGGGCCAUUUAUCCGAUACGGCAGUCGUUCGACGCAACAACUGGAGCCAAAAGCGGCAGAUCAAGAAUGCUGUCAGAGUCUUCAAUUCGAUGGUCCAAACCGGCGAAGUAAAGAAGCUCUGGCGUGACUUCCACAUCAACUUACGGACUGCCAGAGAAACCACGACCCUUGGGUAG